CUGAUUCAAUGCAAAAGACCAAACCAAAAGGCAUUAAACUGAAUCUGAUUCCGAAUUAAAAUGCGUUUAUUAAUAUUAUACGGAAGUCAAACGGGUACAGCUCAAGAUGUUGCAGAACAGCUUUGGCGCAGCUCCAAGUCAUAUGGUUUUGAGGGACCAGUUCUACCCAUGGAUGACUAUCCCGUACAUAAAUUAGUCGAGGAAUCCUUAGUGCUAUUUGUUGUAGCCACCACAGGCGAUGGAGAUGAGCCCGAAAAUAUGCGUAAUUUUUGGAAAUUCCUACUAAGGCGCAGUUUACCUACAAAUUCUUUGGAAAAUCUACAAUAUGCCUGUCUGGGACUUGGAGAUUCGACUUAUGCCAAAUUCAAUUAUGCCGCAAAGAAGCUUAACAAACGACUGCAACAGUUGGGUGGUAAACAAAUCAUCCCCUUGGGUUUAUGUGAUGAUCAGCAUGAUCAUGGAUUUGGAGCAGUAUCAUUGCCCUGGAUGGAUCAACUAUGGCAGGAGAUGGAAAAACGUUUGGGAAUUCGUGCUGACUGCAGGGAAGCAAGUGGAAAAGUGUUUAAAUGGCAAUGCAAAGUUUUAAACAAUACCACCAUCGACUACAAGGAUAAUGAUCACAUUCAGUGGCCUCAUAAAGACGAAGCACAAAAGUUCACUCUCCUUGCGAAUGAGCGUACCACAGAUCCUAAACAUUUCCAAGAUGUUCGCCUGUUGCAGUUCGAGUCGAAUAAUGAAAGAUGGUUUCCAGGGGACAUUUUCCAAGUUCAACCCCACAAUUCUGAGCAACAAGUAGAUGAAUUCUUUUCUUGGGUCCAGGAACAUCAAUUGGAUUUUGGUCCCGACACUGUGGUAGAAGUUACCAGCAAUUUCGUUGAUAUGCCUUUGCCAAAAUGUUUUAGUAAACCUUUAUCGUUAAGACAAAUGGCGACCUACUUAUGGGACCUGAGCCAUAGGCCCAGGCAAAGGGCUUUUGAACUUUUGGCGCUGCAGUGUGAAGAUGAAUUGGAAAAAGAAAAGCUUAUGGAAUUCACUACCACCGAGGGUUUGGAUAGCCUUAUUAGUUAUAUAAAUCGACCACGACGUACUAUUCUAGAGGUGCUGCAGGACUUUCGGCAAGCCUCUUCUAAACUAACGCUAAAUGUUUUAAUAGAAUUAUUUAGUUUUAUUCAACCUCGAAGUUUUUCUAUAGCAAGUUGUAUGGACUCCAGCAAGUUGGAUCUUUUGGUAGCUGUAGUAGAGUAUAAAACGAAGCUUUCAAAACCCCGUUUGGGUUUGUGCUCAAAUUGGUUAAAAUCCUUGGUUGUGGGUAAACAAAUAUUUGGUUGCAUAAAAAUGGGUACAAUGAAACUACCCAAAGAUGCCGAAACUCCCAUUAUAAUGGUAGGGCCCGGAACUGGGGUGGCACCCUUUCGUAGCGUUAUACAAAGCCGACACUAUCAACUCAAGGAGCUCCCAAAUAAAAGAGACCCCUUAUUGGUUUUGUACUUUGGUUGUCGCAAUAAAAACAAAGAUUAUCACUUUCAGCAUGAUCUGGAGUUUUGGUCUAAAGAAGGAAUUCUAUCUCUACAUUGCGCCUUUUCCCGCGAUCAAGAAAGUAAGAUAUAUGUGCAGCAUUUAAUAGAGAAAAAUGCUGAGCAAUUGCAACAUUUCAUACUAGAGCAGCGGGCUGUUAUACUGGUAGCUGGUUCUUCCAAAAACAUGCCUAAAUCGGUGAAGGAAGCCUUUAUCAAAGUGCUUAAUGGCCAAGAGGACUUAAUCGAGCAGAUGAUAAAACAAAAAAGGUAUCAAGAAGAAACAUGGUCCUAGAAGUAGUAAAACAUUCUUUAUUUUUUUUUAUAAAAAAACGACACAUUUAGAAAAAUAAAUAAAUAAAUAAUUUACACUAUUAA